AAUUACCGGUCUCCGGCCAAAACCGUCACCUUUACCCAGUUCCGCCGCCGAAACUUCCUGCCACAUGUUCGCAGCCACCCCGUUCAACGCCACAUUUCGCAGCACAUAAAUCUCUAUCGUUUUCUUCUCGAAGGUAUUUAAGUGUAUGAAGCUGAGGAAAUAGCUUGUGCUGCUCAAUUUCUAUGGAGUUGAACCCUCAUUGAAAGUUAAAGUUUGAUCUCUUGGAGUCUAUUAUUUUGAUGAGAUGAAUUAUCGGUAUUCGUCAAAAUGAAAUCUUGCACUCACCAACUUAUUGGGUCUCUGUUAAAUUAGAUGCUUAGCUAAGUUAGUUAUUUAGUUAGUUUUCUGUUAUGAUUAUUGGUUGUGUAGUUGGUGUCCUUGUGUGCAUGGAAGUGUGAAUUGGAAUAAUACGAAAUUAUUCCAAAAAUUCAAUGAUUCGAGACACAAAUUAAACAUGUGAUGAUUGAAGUAUUGUUCAUAUAAUUUUUAAGGGUUAAUUGCAAUAGCUUCUAACAUACAAAAGAGUGCAGGUAACAGUUUAUAAUAUGUAAGAGGUUUGUAGCAGGGAGGUAAAUUGUUUUACAUCUGUUAUCUCGUAUCUGUGUAAGCAAAGAAUAAUGGCCACGGUUUAAAACAGGAAGAAAGAGGUUGCUUUUAGUGAUUAGAUGCUUUAAACUCGGCAUUAAACUUUCCUUGUCAUACUAAUCAAGAAUUGGUGCUAAACCAAAGGACACAGACUUCUAUGUUAUUUUAACAUUCAUGAUUAAUGAGAGCUUCUUAAUCCCACGAAAAACAUUAUUAAUCACUAGCUAGCUAAUUAAUCCGCACAUGCAUGAGUAGAUAUAGAGUGCAUAUAUUGCUGUGAGAAAAAGAGAGAAUCAAAGGGGGAAAUGGCUGAGAGUGUGAGAGAAUCAAUAAAAGAACAAAUCUCUAUGUUUGAUGAGAAAAUGAUAAGUGCUCAAAGGGCUGCUAGGAGGGAAAACUGGAGGGAAUUCAAGAAAAUCUUUGAAGAAGAUAGGAUGCGAUUACUUGAACCGCUUGACUUAUUUGGGAACACUGCCAUCCACAUUGCGACUCACUCCAAUAGUCCAAAUCUCUUGCAGGAACUUCUGGAGAUGCUUCCUCGACAAGAAAGGUGGCGCGCGAUGAGAAUGGGGAAUUGCGUCAAUAACACCCUUCUGCAUGAGAUUAUCUUUUGCACAACGGUCGAAAUGGCUGGUGUUGUGUUCAAGUUGGAGAAGGAGCUGCAGCAAGAAGAACCAUAUGAGCCCCUUGUAGAGGUAAGAAAUGAUUCUGGUGAAUCCCCUCUGUUCAGGGCUGCUAAGCUUGGAAAGCUGAAGAUGCUCAAGUAUAUGGCAAAACAUGUGGUUGGUGACAUAAGAAGUCAUUUUGUAAGAUUUGAUAGAUGUUCCAUUCUUCACGCUUGCAUUCUUGGUCAAUUCUUUGAUGUUGCUAUUUGGUUAUUGAAAUUGGAUGGAAAUUUGGCUCAACACAAGGAUAUGGAUGGGUUGACAUGUCUUCAACUUCUUGCCAACAUGCCUCUUGUUUUUCGGAGCCAAACCCCCUCAAUGGGAGCAGUGAAGAACCUUAUGUAUUAUUUGCUUCCAGACGAAGGAUAUGAAAUUGAUGAUGAUUAUGAUGAGAAGGGAGAGGAGGAGGAAGAGAGUGUUGUGUUCAGACAGAAAACAGAUCUAGAAAGUGGUCCACUGGAUGAGGCAAAGCAACCCGUUCAUCAAUUUGCUGCUUUUUCAAGGAUCAACUAUUCUAUAUGGAAAAUUCUGGCCAAAGAGUUCAAUGGGAUUGGACAUAUUUGGCAAAAGAAGAAACAACACAAGUUAGCAGAGUGUCUGGCCGAGUUGUUAGUGCAGAAGGACUUCUCAUGGCAGAUUUCUUUUCAUUCAAAUUUUCAACCAUUGAUUGUGUUGCCAAUUCUUUCCUCCAAACUAGACAGAAUAAAAGAAAUUCAGCUGAUGAAGGAGAAACGCCAGUUAGUUGAAAUAGCUCAUUCUAGAAUCAGCAAACCUUUGCUCAAGGAAUCCAUUUCCGAAGCAUCCCAUUUUAAAAACUACACACCUCUUCUCAUGGCAGCCGGUUCGGGAAUCGUAGAAAUUGUUGAAAAAAUCAUUGACAUGAAUCCUGAGGCUAUUAGUCAUGUUAGCCAGGAUGAACACAAUGUUCUACACAUGGCUGUGAAGCACCGGCAGCUUAAAAUCUUCAAUCUGAUAAAGAGAAAUUCUGCAUUCAAAUCAUUGAUACACAGGAUAACCGGGGAAGGUCGCACUCUCUUGCACCAAGUUGCUAGAAUGGAGUUUUACAAAGAGCAACGGCUCCCUGGUGUGGCGUUCCAACUGCAAGACGAGUUGCGUUGGUACGAAAGAGUGAGAAGGAUUGUUCCUCCUCACUACUUAAUGCAUUGUGACAAAGACGGCCUAACUGCAAAAGAUGUUUUGGAAAUGGAGCAUCAGGAUAUGCACAAAGAGGCAAAGUCCUGGAUAAAGGAGACAGCUCAAUCAUGCUCCACCGUAGCAGUUCUCGUUGCCACAGUUGUCUUUGCCGCAGCCUAUACAAUCCCAGGUGGGAGCCAAAACGGCACGCCAGUGUUCUUCGGCUCACGAGUCUUCCUCUUCUUCACUAUCACUGAUGUUGUGGCCCUUGUGAGCUCACUUGCCUCAGUGGUGAUGUUCCUUUCAAUCCUGACAUCGCCGUUCGAGCUAUGGGAUUUCUACAAGUCCCUCCCAAGAAAGCUCAGCCUGGGAUUUGCAUUGCUGUUCUUCUCAUUGGUGUGCACAAUGCUGGCAUUCAGCGCAACCGUUUUGCUGACGAUUCGGUUGGAUAACAAGGAAUGGACUUCUAUUUUGUUCUAUUGUGCUGGAUUCCUUCCUGUGGCUAUAUUUGCAUGGAUGCAAUUCCCACUCUAUAAGACUCUUCAAAAAUUAGUUAGGAGGCUUUGCAACGGUGUUAAGCAGUUGGUGCCAACUACAUUGAUCAAUUGUUUCAAAAGACACAAAAGAUAUUAAUUCAUUCACCAAUGGCUAGAUAGAUGGUGUUUUUUCCUGAUAUAAACUAACAUUACUUGUAAGGUGUAAAUACUGUGACAGCAUAUAUAUAUACAUUUGGGGGAUCUUUCUGUAAGCUUCUUGAUCACUGAAACACACACACUUUUCAUGUAUUUAAAUAAGUCAAAAAGAAUAUUUCAAGCCUUAUUAGACUUUAGGAAAGCUGAGAUUUUAGAGUAUAUUGUUAUGAACUUCACAAUUACCAUAUCAUAAGAUCCUAGCUUCCUACACUUAUUUUAUAGUUUUUUU